UCUACGAGAACGAGAGCAACCCCAGCGAUGUAUUCUUCGCUGCUGAGCGUUGAAUUGAUUCUGAGCCACCAAGAAAACUCUGCAGCAUUGCAGGAUCUGGGCCCCACUAUCUCUGAUUUCCUGGGCCCGGACAGCAACCUCUCGCUGCACGACGCUUGCAAGAUCGGAUCCCUGAAGCUGCUGAACUGGAUCUGGCGCGUUAGCUUCAGUGACAUUAGCUCCAGGUCUUCCAGUUGGUCGCCCACCUGCUUUUUGCAGUCCAAUCGCCAUUACUAUCGAUGGCAAUUCUCCGAGUCAUUGGAGAUCGCUGCAGGUCAAGGCGAUUUGACGGUUGUCAAGUGGCUCCUUGAGCGCUUUAAGGACUGCGAAGUGGCCGUAGAAGUGGUGGAAGCUGCAGCCAAGAACGGACAUUUGGAGAUACUGCUGAUUUUAUUGGAGACUGAUGUGGAGAGGAUGAAGACUGGACACAAAGUGCAUUGGGGUGGGCACAGCCUUAGCAAUGCUGUCGAGAAUGGUCACUCAGAUGUUGUUCAUUGGUUGUGCCAAUACAAAAUAUCUGAGUUCGGUGAAGCUCAGAUCACAAAUGCCAUCACGACCGCUCUACGUGUGGGGAAUACGAAGCUGGCCGAGUUUCUGCUCCCUCCGGGCAAGUGCAUUCUGGACUAUGGCCAAUACUGUCCACAUCCGGAUAUUAUCCAAUGGAAGUUGGACUGUGGAUAUUUCCGACAAGAUUUUUUCAGCGCUGGAGUUGCCAUCAAGAAUCUGGUUCAUUCGGAACGCUUGGAUUUAAUGCAGCGGAUUGCAGAACAGCAAAACCCACCUCCGGACGACGCGGAGUGGACUACUGACUGGCGUUGCGCUAUGGUCCUCGCUUGUGUGUACGGCAAUCGUGAUAUUCUCCAAUGGUUGAUGGAGCACCCGGCUGGUCGAUGGACGCUCGAAGGAGACGAUAGACUGUACUCUGAGCUCGUAUUCAGCGCAGCAUACAAAGGGAGCAUCCAGGUCAUGGAAUAUCUAUUCGAACUAGGAGCUGUCGAUAAAAUCUGUGAUGCUCUACUGCACGCAAUCCGAGAGGAUCACAUCGACUUAGUCAAGUGGCUGAUCGACCAUAUUCCCGAUUCGGAACGCAUUCCGGACUAUUGCGUACUGGAUGAAGCUGCAAGGUACGGACGCUUGGAGAUGCUCCAGUAUUUCCAAGAGCAGGAUGUGUCGGUCGUUCCUGAAUUCUCUCAUUCCGUAAGACGAGUUCGGAGUUCCAGUAGAGAGAAACACAUGACGCAAAUGUUCGUGCCUGCUUCGGAUAAUUAUCUGAAAGUGCACGCAACGUUGUGUAGAUACCGCUCCCAGUGGCUUCCAACUGAUCCCAUGGACGACGCAGCAGCUAAUGGCCAUCUCGAAGUGGUGAAAUGGCUGCAUGUUCAUCGGUCAGAAGGCUGCACACCUGCUGCGAUGGACUGUGCUGCUGCUAAUGGCCACUUAGAGGUAGUAAAAUGGCUUCAUAACCAUCGACUGGAGGGAUGCACUAGCAAGGCAAUGGACGGAGCCGCUGAGAACGGACACCUUGAUGUGAUCUGGUGGUUGUAUGUGAACCACUUCGAGGGUUGCACACAGAAAGCGAUUGAAGGAGCGUUGAGCAAUGGGCACUUACGUGUAUCUGCAUGGCUGCUCUCGCACUUACCGUUUGGAAGGCCUUUAAGCGUGGAACUGUGGCGACGUCCGGACAACCUGUUUGAGGUGCUACUGUUCCUGUAUCGCCAUUUCAGCAACUCCCUCAGUCUCAGCCUGGUCGAGUACCCAAAGGGGAUUCUGCUGGACUCCAGCUCCAAGUCGAGCCAUAAACAUAUCGUAGCCUGGCUGCAAGUAGAAUUCCCAGUCGUGUUUGCGGGCGUGGACGAAGAAUGGUAAAUUUUGUUGAUAAAACAUGUAGCACGAUUAACAUUUAUUGCUAGAGUAUAUAUAUGUUUAAUUAAACAGUUAAACCUGA